AUGCCCACCACCCACCUUAAAGCUCCGCUUCAAGGCAAAAUCGCCCUCGUGACAGGCGCAACAGGCGGCAUUGGCACCGCGAUAUGCCGCCGUCUCGCUGUGCUGGGCUGCUCGAUUGGAAUCCAUUACAACACCGACCAGGACGCUGCGUUGGCGCUGUUGGAGGAGUUCAAGGAGGAGUACAUGCAUGCAUUUGGGAGCAAGUUCGUGUGCUACGGUGCGGAUCUAGGGAAUUAUGAAGAGGUCAAAGAGCUUCAUGAACACAUCGUCUCUCUGCUAGGCCCGCCGAAUAUCCUCAUUAACAACCAUGGCGCUACUAUUCAGACUCAAGUCAAAUCUAUCGACGAGGUGUCUGUGUCCGCUUUCGAAGACGCUUGGCGCAUCAAUUGCGGGUCUUCCUACCUUCUGACACAGCUCUGCAUGCCCGCUUUGGAGGGCGAGGGAUGGGGAAGGGUUGUGUUUGUUUCGAGCGUGGCGGGGAUUACGGGCGGGAUUAUUGGACCGCAUUAUGCGAGUGCGAAAAGCGCAUUGCAUGGGCUAAUCCAUUGGCUUGCCAUGACGUACGCGAAGAAGGGGAUCACAGUCAAUGGAGUAGCACCCGCGUUGAUCGAGCAGACGAAGAUGUUGCCUGGAAGUAGUGAGGAGCUAGCGAAGAAGGUUCCUGUGGGAAGACUAGGUACUCCGGAUGAAGUCGCGGAGACAGUGCUCUGGAUGAUCAAUACAUCGUAUGUGACGAAUAAAGUCAUUGCUGUGGAUGGCGGAAUGGUUCCGCAACACUGA